AUGGAGAAAAAGAGGGGACGAGGGCGGCCGAAAAUCACGGUGCCACCGUCACCGAAAAUUCUCACUAGCUUGAAGACAUCUGAGCAUGAAUCCCCUGUUAAUGUUCAGACCCCUAAGAUUGAACCAAGAACUACCGCUGGAGAAGACAAAGAUAUGACAAACACAAUGGCGAAGGAGAACAAGAAAACCCUAACAGCACCGACACAACCACAACCUGAAGAGCGUAAACCAUGGGUUGAUGUUAUCAAUGACAACUGGAACCCUGCAAAAGGAAUGGCAAUAGAGUACGUUGCGCCAAAGAUUGUCAAUGGAGUGAUUGAAAUUGAUAUUGAACAAGAAGAUAUCGAAACGGAAAUACAAUUUUGGGAUAAUGCUCUAAUCUUUUAUGUGGUGGGGGGCGACCUGAGUAUGAACAUGGUGAAGAACUUUAUGCAGAGAAUGUGGAAUUUCAUGAAGAUGCCAGAUUUGUAUUACCACGACGACGACUAUUUUCUGCUCAGAUUUAACUCCCAGGAAGACAAGGAAGCAGUCAUGAUGAAAGACCCAUACACGAUUCGGAACAUGCCCGUGAUAUUGAAGGAAUGA